UGGUCCGCGAGGGUAAAGACAGCAGUGAGGGUGGCACGUAGCAAUAAAAAUACAUAUAAUAACAGUAAUAAAAAUAAUUAAAUAAAUCAAAAUUACCGCGUUAAAUUUAUAAUUUAAAAAUCUAAAUAACUUAAGUUUAAAUAAACUUCCCAAGUACAAGAUGUAAAAAUGUAAAAUUUAAAAAACUUAAUUUUUCCGUUUAUUUGUUAAAUUUGCCAAGUUAUAAAAUCAAUUGAUAUUUCCCAUCGCCAUUCAAACAUAAAUAAAUUCAAGAAAAAAGCACAAAACGUUGAGCUUACGAGUAUUAUUAAAGCUACGUUGUGUUAACCGUCGUAUUGUAGUACGUGGGACACGCGACCCUCGUCGAGACAAGACGACACAAGAAUAAUCAGCUUGUGUAUGUGUAAGUGGAUGCAACACUCAACUAGGACACAAGUGUAAAUAUGACGCGUGGAUUCUAUUAUCAGCUUACCUGAUACUUGAGGAUCCUGUUCAUCCUCACGUUCGGAACCAGAGAAUGUGCCCUGGAAAGAAGCUAGUGGUGAAAAUCUCGCCGUAGCAUGCCAAGGAGCGGUCAGAGGAACGUGACUGUGAUCCCGCGUCGAUCGCAACAGCAGUCAGUCAAGCCGAGUUGUGUUGAUACGUUGAACAAAAAACGUGGAAGAAGGAAAAGACGUUUUUACGACGACGACGACGACGAUACGAAUAAAGAACGUAACAACGGUUGGUGGCGGUGGCGGCGGUCGUUAGUGAUCUUGACACGAGCAACCGAUGAGCACAGGCGAUGGCGUCGCGUCCUCGGGUCCCGGCGUUGACAGCGGGGCCCGUGCCACUUCGCUCGGCUACCCGGCGACACAGCCGAGUGGUACGGCGAGUGUCACUGCGGCACAAGACACCAUGGGCUCUACAAAGGCGGUAGCAGUAGCUGGAGGUACCCCUGCAGGAGCUGGGGGACCUGGUGGUGCCUCCACGACUCCAGUUGUUCCUAAAAGACCCGCUCGACGAGGUGGAAAACCGCCACCCGAUCGACCUGUACGAGCUUUACUGUGUUUGUCUCUAAAAAACCCUGUCCGGAAGUUGUGUAUCACAAUCAUCGAAUGGAAACCUUUUGAAUGGCUUAUCCUGUUGACGAUUUUUGCCAACUGCGUGGCAUUGGCUGUUUACACGCCUUAUCCAUGCGGUGAUUCAAAUAUAACGAAUAUGUAUUUAGAAAAAAUAGAAUAUAUAUUUCUUGUUAUUUUCACCGCUGAAUGCAUUAUGAAAAUAAUUGCUUACGGUUUCGUCGCACAUCAGGGCGCGUACCUCCGUAAUGGAUGGAACAUGUUGGAUUUUACAAUUGUUGUAAUUGGAAUGAUCAGCACGGUGUUGCAACACCUCAUGAAAGAGGGUUUUGACGUAAAGGCCUUGAGGGCUUUUAGAGUCUUGCGACCGCUUCGGCUGGUUUCCGGAGUUCCAAGUCUUCAAGUAGUUCUCAAUUCUAUUCUGAGGGCUAUGGUGCCGUUGCUACACAUCGCACUGCUGGUACUUUUUGUUAUCAUCAUCUACGCUAUUAUCGGACUCGAGCUUUUCUCGGGGAAAAUGCACAAAACAUGUAGAAAUAAUUUAACAGAUGAAAUGAUGGAAGAUCCACACCCGUGUGGAGAAAGUGGCUUUCAAUGUAGUUCUCUAGGUGAUGGAUAUUUCUGUAGCCGUCAAUAUUGGGAAGGCCCGAACAAUGGCAUCACAAACUUUGACAAUUUUGGUCUGGCAAUGUUGACUGUCUUCCAGUGUAUCACUCUUGAAGGAUGGACCGAUGUUUUAUACGAUAUAGAAGAUGCUAUGGGGAGCACGUGGCAAUGGUUGUAUUUUAUUUCCAUGGUUAUUCUUGGAGCUUUUUUUGUAAUGAACCUAAUUCUCGGAGUGUUAUCUGGAGAGUUUUCUAAAGAAAGAGAGAAAGCUAAAUCACGUGGAGAUUUUCAAAAGCUACGAGAGAAACAGCAAAUUGAAGACGACCUUCGGGGAUAUUUGGAUUGGAUAACUCAAGCAGAAGAUAUUGAACCAGAAGCUGAUGAAAUGCCACCAUCGCAGGAUGGCAAACAAAAACAGCAGAACGAAAUGGAGAGUACCGAUAGACUCGAGGGUGACGAGGAAGGAGGAGGCGUUCAGCAAGAAUCAGUCUGGAAAAGAAAACGACGAGACUUUGAUAGAGUGAACAGGCGCAUGAGAAGAGCCUGCCGCAAAGCCGUUAAAUCUCAAGUCUUUUACUGGUUAAUCAUAGUAUUGGUAUUUUUAAACACCGGUGUAUUGGCUACCGAGCAUUACAAUCAACCAGACUGGCUUGAUCAAUUUCAAGAGUACACAAAUAUGUUUUUUAUCGGGCUCUUCAGUAUGGAAAUGAUGCUGAAAAUGUACAGCUUGGGAUUUCAAGGUUACUUUGUCUCGCUUUUCAAUCGUUUUGAUUGCUUUGUCGUUGUGGGUUCCAUAAGUGAAAUGGUUCUUACACGCACGGAAGUUAUGCCACCCUUGGGAGUUUCGGUGCUUCGUUGUGUAAGGCUUCUAAGAGUAUUCAAAGUAACCAAAUACUGGAGAUCUUUAUCAAAUCUCGUGGCUUCCUUGUUAAAUUCAAUCCAGUCAAUUGCUUCCCUGUUGCUUCUGCUCUUCCUUUUCAUCGUUAUAUUUGCUCUUCUAGGCAUGCAGGUUUUUGGAGGAAAGUUUAACUUUGAUCAUCUACAGGAUAAACCUCGUAGUAAUUUUGAUACUUUUUGGCAAAGUUUACUCACAGUGUUUCAAAUAUUAACGGGUGAAGAUUGGAAUGCCGUUAUGUACGUGGGUAUACGUGCAUAUGGCGGAGUUGCAAGCCAUGGAAUUCUUGCCUGUGUUUAUUUUAUAAUUCUAUUUAUUUGCGGAAAUUACAUUCUACUGAACGUCUUCUUGGCCAUUGCCGUGGACAAUCUUGCGGACGCAGAGUCAUUGACUGCAAUUGAAAAAGAAGCUGAAGAAGAAGCGGAAAAAAAUAAAUCACGAAGUGGUUCUUUGGCACAAGAUGAAUUAAUUUGUGAAGACGACGGUGGUGAUUUAACUGGCGGAGAAGAGGAAGAAGGUGCUGGAACUGAUUUAGAACAAGAUCCCAAUGAAACGAUGGAUGAUUAUGAAGCUGCAUUAGACACUGAAGGAUCUAAAGACGGCGAUGAAAGUGAUCGUCGUGGAAAAGUCCGGAUAAAUAUUGAGUCGGAUGAUGAGAAUUUCGAGCAUGGUGAAGAGGAAGAAGAGGACGAUCAUACUGAAAUGGAUGAUGGAGGAACGGGAGGAGAAGAGGUAUCAGCUAGACCACGCCGAAUGUCUGAAUACAAAACAAAUACUGAGAAGCCACCGAUACCCGAAGGUUCAUCAUUUUUUUUGUUUUCACAAAAGAGCAGAUUCCGAAUAUUUUGCCACUGGGUUUGCAAUCACAGUUGGUUCGGUAAUCUCAUACUUAUGUGCAUUUUGAUAUCAUCUGGAAUGCUUGCGGCUGAAGAUCCUCUUAACGCAACUUCAGAUCUCAAUUUGAUUUUAAAUAACUUUGACUACUUCUUCACAUCGGUAUUCACCAUCGAAAUAUGUCUGAAGAUGAUAACCUAUGGAUUUGUGUUGCACGAUGGAGCAUUCUGUCGCUCAGCUUUUAAUCUUCUGGAUCUUCUGGUAGUCUGCGUAUCUCUUAUCUCAAUGGUCUGGAGAAACGGUGCAAUAUCAUUUAUUAAAAUUCUACGAGUGCUUCGUGUCCUGAGGCCGCUGCGUGCGAUAAAUCGAGCCAAAGGCCUUAAGUACGUUGUAAAAUGUGUGAUUGUUGCCAUUAAAACAAUUGGUAACAUCAUGUUGGUCACCUAUCUCCUACAAUUCAUGUUCGCUGUUAUUGGAGUACAGCUAUUUAAGGGUAAAUUUUUUAUGUGCAAUGACGAAUCAAAAAUUACUGAAGCUGAGUGUCAAGGAACUUAUUUAGUCUUUGAUGAUGGAAAUAUUAAUCAACCGGUCAUGAAAGAGAGAACAUGGAAGAAGAAUCGAUUUCACUUUGAUGAUGUUGCCAAAGCAAUGCUGACACUAUUUACAGUUUCGACAUUCGAGGGUUGGCCAAGCCUUUUAUACGUAUCUAUUGACUCAAAUCGUGAAAACUACGGACCAAUUCAUAAUUACCGACCGAUUGUAGCAGCUUAUUACAUUGUUUAUAUUAUCAUAAUUGCAUUCUUCAUGGUAAACAUAUUCGUCGGUUUCGUCAUUGUUACAUUUCAAAAUGAAGGUGAACAAGAGUACAAAAAUUGCGAGCUUGAUAAGAAUCAACGUAAUUGCAUCGAAUUUGCUCUUAAAGCAAAACCCGUACGACGUUACAUACCAAAGCACCGGAUACAAUACAAAGUCUGGUGGUUUGUUACGUCGCAACCUUUUGAAUAUACUAUUUUUACUUUAAUUAUUAUAAAUACAAUAACGUUAGCGAUGAAAUUUUAUAAUCAACCGGAUCCUUAUACUCAUGCCCUUGACGUUUUGAAUAUGAUAUUUACUGCCGUUUUCGCACUUGAAUUUGUUUUCAAGCUUGCAGCAUUUCGUUUUAAGAAUUAUUUUGGUGAUGCGUGGAAUGUUUUUGACUUCAUUAUAGUACUGGGAAGUUUUAUUGAUAUAGUUUACUCCGAAGUUAAUGCACGACUGCAUGUCAAGGCGGGAGUUUCUCUCCCCAACGUUAAAACUCCUGGUUCAAAUAUCAUAUCGAUAAACUUCUUUCGGCUCUUCCGUGUGAUGCGACUUGUAAAACUUCUGAGUCGUGGCGAAGGUAUCCGUACACUCUUGUGGACAUUCAUUAAAUCCUUCCAAGCGUUGCCUUACGUCGCACUUCUCAUAGUUAUGUUAUUCUUCAUCUACGCUGUGAUAGGAAUGCAAGUUUUUGGAAAAAUCGCCCUUGACAACGAUACAACUAUUUACCGGAACAAUAAUUUCCAAACAUUUCCUCAGGCUGUAUUGAUUUUAUUCCGAUCAGCAACUGGUGAAUCAUGGCAAAAUAUAAUGCUCGAUUGUUCAAAUCGUCCUGGAGAAGUUAAAUGUGACCCGAAAAGUGACGAACGUAAUUCACCCGGCUGCGGAAAUGACAUAGCGUUCCCGUAUUUUAUAUCUUUUUAUGUACUCUGUUCAUUUUUGAUUAUCAAUUUAUUCGUCGCUGUUAUUAUGGAUAACUUCGACUAUUUAACCCGAGAUUGGUCUAUUUUGGGUCCACAUCAUUUGGACGAAUUUAUUCGCCUUUGGUCUGAAUAUGACCCAGAUGCUAAAGGCCGCAUUAAACAUCUUGAUGUAGUGACAUUGUUGAGGAAAAUAUCACCCCCACUUGGGUUCGGGAAGUUAUGUCCUCAUCGUGUUGCUUGCAAGAGGCUGGUGUCAAUGAAUAUGCCGUUAAAUAGCGACGGGACGGUUCUAUUUAAUGCGACGCUAUUCGCUGUGGUGAGAACGUCAUUGAGAAUUAAAACAGAAGGAAAUAUUGAUGAAGCGAAUGCCUCCCUUCGAGCGGUUAUUAAAAAAAUAUGGAAGCGAACGAAUCCCAAGCUGCUGGAUCAAGUCGUGCCACCGCCGGGGGUUGACGAUGAAGUGACGGUGGGUAAAUUCUACGCGACCUUUCUUAUACAAGACUAUUUCCGUCGGUUUAAAAAACGUAAAGAACAAGAAAUGAAAGAGGGUGACAAGGAUUGUCAUAAUACGGCGACACUUCAAGCGGGCUUAAGAACUUUACAUGAAGCUGGCCCAGAAUUGAAACGUGCAAUCUCGGGUAAUCUUGAAGAAUUACUUGACGAUAAUCCAGAACCAACACACAGGAGAAAUCACUCAUUAUUUGGCAGCGUUUGGUCUAGUAUGCGAAGAGGCCAUCACAGUUUCCGCGCGAAAUCAUUAAAAACUAAUUCAAAUAACGCUCCAAAAAUUUCCCCAUCAAACUCAAUCGAUUUUUUGCCGUACGCUUCACUUCAGCGAGCCGGUGGAGCGGACGGCAAUCAAAUCACGGCAAGGUCGCACCAGGUCGUGCCAAACGUCGCCGGAGUAAUCGGUGAUUCUGCCAACACUCAGACAGCCCCAGAGCUAAGAAUAGUUGGAUUCGAAGAGAAUAUACCAAUGAGGCCUCUCGCGAUGUUUUCAAACACCGGAAUGCAGCCGGCUAACUUUCAAAAUCCCUACAAAGUCUUGGAUGGUCCAGGUAGCGGUAACUACCUUCGUCCGAGUAACGAAUAUGUUACAUGGAAUAAUGAAAGCAACGGUGGCGUUGGAUCUGAACGUCUGUCGCACAGUUUGCCUGGUAGUCCUGCUGAUCGUAAGCCCAAUUUCGAAGUGAUUGGUAGCGCUGAAAGUCUCGUUGGUCGAGUACUUGCCGAACAAGGUCUAGGUAAAUAUUGCGAUCCGGAUUUCGUGAGGUACACAUCACGAGAAAUGCAAGAGGCGCUUGACAUGACAAGUGAAGAAAUGGAUCGCGCUGCUCACCAGCUUUUAUUACAAGAACGUCGCGGUCAGCCGUUGACGUUCCAGCUUCAGCAGAGUAUGGAUCAACACUGGAACCCACGGUCACCGGGACCACGGGAAAUAGUGUACGAACAAUUACGGGAACAAAUGCCGUCUUUAGAAGGGCCACAGCCACAACCACAGUCACAAACUUUACAACUACAACAACAGCAGCAACAGCAGCAGCAACAGCAAUACAAUCGUGGACAACCACCGUCUUAGCGAAAGUGGUACAGCCAUAAGACUGCUGCAGCUCGAAAUAUCGGCAACGAAAAAUUUACUCUCAAAUUAUUAAUAUUAUAGUUAUGAUAAUAAUUAUUAUUAUUAUUGUUAACUUAUUGUAUAAAGACUAUUAAUUACGGACGAAAAAAUAUUAAACAAGAUAAGACAAGGAUUUAAUCCAAUAUAUUCGCGAAUGUUACACGUCAUUUAAUAAUAAGUAAUCAAUUUUAAAUUUUAAUUAAUAACCAAUACCACAUAAAACAUAACAACCAUCGCGGCUAUUUAUAUCCAUUUGAUAAAAAUUAAUCUCUCUCAUUGUUAAUAAUUACGACUUUAACUCUUAACUUUUAAACCGUCUUAAAAAAAAAUCUACAAAUGAUAAUUAAAUGUCAACAUUCAUUACACGUAUACUUAUAUACAGUAUAAAUAUUUAUAAGAAUUGUUUACACUAGUCUUUUCACUACUGUAAUAAUCCGUCAUCAUUAACUUCUACAAUUGUCCAUUACUAUUACAUAAAAAAAAAAAAAAA